CUGAUGGAUGGUUGUGCGCGUAAUUUUCUCCGAAUUUGCGGUCCAUUUAAUGUUUAAAAAAACUUGUGUAGGUAUUGUUUCCCGUUUUUAAGUCCCCGAAUUACAGCUGAUUUAUAAUGUCGCAGCAGCAGUGUAUAUCCAAACAUGUCAAAUUUAGUGAAAUAAGUGCAAUUUUGGAGAAAUUAAAGGGAGCCGGAACGUCGACUAGCAAGAAGGAUGAUAUUCUGCGACGUUACUUUAGUUCGUUCGAUCAAUUUCGGCGGGAAUACCAUCUAAAGUAUGGGACGAGUACGAAAACCAGCAUCUUUCCGAUCCUCCGACUAUUGCUCCCGGCUGCAGAUCGCGAACGAGACUCCUACGGCAUCCGAGUGAAAACCCUGCGUGACCUGUACAUCAAAAUCCUCGGCAUCAGUGACACGAGCAUUGAAGCCCGCAAGCUUUCCGGUUUCGAUGAUUCCGGCACUGGUAGCAACGGUGGCAGUGGCGACUUUGCCGAUCGUAUAUUCACACUAAUGCGUGGCCGCUGCCCCGAGGAAUGCAGCAUGACCGUGUGGGACGUGAAUCAACGCCUGGAUGCCAUGGGACAACACUACCAGAAUGGAAAACGUAGCAAAACUCAAGACGACUUGAUUGAGAUGGUGCAGGGAAUGACCCAGCUGGACCAAAAAUGGCUGAUUAGGAUUAUACUGAAAAACCUGAGGUUGGGAAUGAGUCAACAGAAGCUGCUGGGUUUGUAUCACCCCAAAGCGAGUGCGCUGUUCGAUAGGUUCAGUCAUUUGUCCAAGGUUUGCGAGGCGGUUGAAAGUGGCGAAGGAUUGGAGGACGUUGGAGAACCGGGCGUUGGGAUGGCAGUACGACUCUUCAACCCCGUAAAACCGAUGCUAUGUCAACGGGUCGAUUUGAAACUGGUCGACGGUAUGCUAAAGAAAGAUGAGUUCUGGCUAGAAACCAAAAUGGACGGAGAAAGGUUCCAGAUCCAUAAGGAAGGCCAGGUCUAUAAGUACUUCUCCCGAAACAGCUAUGAAUACAGUCGUAUUUUUGGGGAAAAUUCGAACCAACACGGGUCAACGUUAACACCUUAUUUGUCGAAUUUGUUAGCUGUGAAUGUGAACAGCGUAAUUUUAGACGGAGAAAUGAUGGUAUUCGACAAAAGCGAAUUGGUCUAUCGGGAUAAAAGCGAAAACACAGACGUCAAGGCAAUCAAGGCUGAUAAUCCAACGCUCAGACCAUGCUUCUGUGCCUAUGAUGUACUAUUUCUCAAUGGCAAAAGUUUGAUUAUGGUGCCUUACGCAGAAAGAAUUCGCUUGUUAGGAACGAUUAUCAAAGAGAAGGUAGGAUUUCUAGCGACCUGCCACCGGGUUAAAGUGAAAGAUAGCGAACACCUGGUAGAACUUUUGAAUCAAGCAAUAGAUGCAUGUCAGGAAGGUGUCGUCAUUAAAAAAGAGGACUCUGUGUAUAGUCCCAACGAGCGCAACGCUGGGUGGUACAAAAUAAAACCGGACUAUAUUGACAAUAUGGUUUCGGAUUUCGACCUUUUGAUCAUCGGAGGCUUUUACAACUUCAAACGUACCUUCAUAACCACUUUCCUAGUCGGUGUGCUGGACAAUCGUGAUAAAGAAAACCUCAGAUUCCUAUCAGUCACCAAAGUCGGAAUUGGUCUCUCCAACGACCAAUGGAAGCAGCUGAACAGCUCACUUCGACCGCAUUGGCGAGAUGUCGUCGCUAGGAAGGAAAGUCGUUCUACCGUUACAGAAGAACCUCCUGAACUUCGGUGGGGUCAAACACCACCGGAUGUAUGGAUACCUCCCAAGCAUUCAAUUGUUCUACAACUGAAAGGUUCCGAACUAGUUCAAACCUCUUCUUUUGCGUCGCCCUACACGAUUCGAUUUCCUCGUAUUACCGCGAUACGUAGCGACAAAGGCUAUCUGGACGUCUGCACCAGGGAUGAGUUUGAUCAACUAUGCUCUUCCAACACCAAAGUGGCAAAGUUAGCGAUGCGACACGUGACCGUGAAAGAUCUUGUUCCGGAGCAUGAAUCGACCCAUCCAGGACAAAAACGAAAAAAAAUGUCCCCACUUGGGCGAGUUCGUUCGACCAGACUACAGUUACACACCAGCGUGCAGCAGAUCGAAGAAGAAGCACUAGACCUCAUCGAUGAUGUUUGUUCGGGUCUGGACUUCUGUGUCUUAAGCUCCGCCAAAGGUCUACCUCCUACUGGAGAUCUGGAAACCAUGAUCCGUCGCCACGGAGGACGGGUAGUUAAAAAUCCCGGACCGAAGACUUACGUUACAAUCGCUGGGGAUCAUACUUUUCUGGUCAAUCGGAUCAUUGAAAGCAGGAAACAGAACGUUGCUACCGUGGAGUGGCUUCUUCGUGCCCUAGGAGGUUCUGAGAAAAAAGAUAAGCUGUUGGACUUCAAGCCCAAUGACAUGCUCGCCACUACAGCCUUGCUGCGCGAGGAGAUGGCUGACAGGUUCGAUCGUUUUGGAGAUUCCUUAACGAUGAAGAUUUCCGGUGCGGAAGAAAUGCGACUACUUUUAAAGCAGGUGACGGUCAACAACAUGCAGCUUUCGGCAGGGGAGUUAAAAAUAGGUCAAGCGGAACUUUUGGGUAAGAAUUCCGGUUUCAGGAUAUUUCAAGGACUCGUAGCGUGGUUAUACGUGGACAAUUUGAAGAAGGAAAUUGAACUGUAUAAAGCUAAAUUUAAAAUGUUGAAGUUUGUCCGAGAAGGAGGACAGUGGCUUACUGAAAGGUCAACUAAAGGUGCCACGACAGUGUUUGUAGUCGAAAAUAAAGCUCUAGAUAAGGGACAUUUGCAACAGUGGCUAGAUAGUCUUGUCAAGCAGAACCUGAAUGUGAACGUACUAAAAGUAGAUUGGAUAGAGUGUAGUCUGCGUCAGAAAUGUAUAUGUGAUGAAAAAUUGUUCAGAAUAUUUUAGAUACGUGAUAAUUUUUAAAUUUUAUUUUAUGUCGUUAGUGACUAAUAUAUACAGUUAUUGUAACAUAUCUUUUUAAGUGUAUAAUAUAUGUUUGAAGAAGAUACUUUUUAACAUUUAGUUUCCAAGAUUUUCAU